AUGAAGGACUUCCGUCCUGCCGGCAAGGGUCGUGUAUACAAGUCGGGGGAUUUGGUGCAGUACAACCCAGACGACACAUUCCGAUUCAUCGGGCGAAAAGACACCCAGGUCAAACUGCGAGGCCAACGCAUUGAGCUCGGUGAAGUCGAGUUUCGACUUCGCCAGUGUCUGCCGGCGGUCCACAAUGUCGUGGCCGAAGUAAUAACUCCCUCUGGCUCCAAUGCAAACGCUGUGCUGGUGGCUUUCGUCCAUCUGGCGAUGACCAGUGACGGUAGCAAGACCUUAUUUUUGGCUCCCACCGAGGAGCUCCGUGCCAUCUCUUUGGCCGCCCAAACGGAGCUCAGAGGCAUGGUCCCAGGGUAUAUGGUGCCUGGGCUCUUCAUCCCCCUGGGCCACAUCCCAAGAACGACAUCCGGCAAGAUAGAUCGGCGACAGCUUCGAGACCGAGCAUCGUCGCUGCCCCGGACGGAGUUUGAUCUCUUCAUGGCUACGCGUGGUCCAACGGAAAAGCCAUUCGCUGAACUAGAAAAAAGAUUGCAGGCUAUCCUUGUCUCUGUCACUGAUCUGAGCAUCGACGAAAUGGGUGUCAAAAACAACAUCUUUCAUCUCGGGGCCGACUCCAUCACGGCCAUGAAGAUGGUGACGGCCGCACGCAAACGAGGCAUCUCGAUAUCCGUCGCUGAUAUUUUCAGCCAUCCCACGAUACACGACCUAGCAGAAUUCCACAACACGCGCAUUCCUCAACACCGCGCUGUGUCCAGCGGGUCCAAUGUGUCCAGCGUGGUUCCAGGCUCCGUCUUUGGCUUCACCAACCAGGGCAGCUUUAUUCAAAGCAUCGACUGCGCUGACCUCCCAUUCAACACUCAGGAUAUCUACGACGCACUUCCUGCAUCGCAAGGCCAAGAGGAUCAACUCAUUCGUGGAACUUUCUAUUUCAUGCUCGACUUUGAUCGCCCCAUUGACUGCGAUCGCCUCGAAAAGGCGUGCGGUGGCCUCGUUCAGCGCCAUACCAUCUUCCGCACUGUCUUCAUCCCUACCAAGAAAGACUCGCGCGAGGCACCGAUGCUGGGAGCCCUCAUUACCCGGGUGACCUUGGUCCAGGGAUCUGACGAUCGAACCACACUCAUUCUUCGCAUUUCUCAUGCCCAAUAUGACGGCAUGUCGAUCUCUAUCAUGUGGAGAGACUUGGUCGAUCUGUAUGAAGGCAGGCAACUGCCGGAUCCCAUCGAAUACUCGACCCACGUUCAGAAGUGGCUGGCGGCUGGGACUUCCCAAGCAUAUGAAUUCUGGUGGGCCCUUCUAGACGCAUCCAGCAUGACCUAUAUCACGGAUAAGCACCUAGCAGAAAAGGACGCGUCGCUCAGCUCCCUGGUUUACAUUGAAUCUACAAUCGCUCUCCCCGAUCCGCCUCACGGCAUUACGAUGGCGACUCUCAUCAAAGCAGCAUGGUCCUUGGUUCUGACCGAAUUGACAGGUGAUAGAGAUGUUGUCUUUGGUCAAACCACCAGUGGACGAUCAUCCACCAAUUCCGACGCAGAAAACCUGGUCGGAUUGUGUAUCAACGCCAUCCCCGUCCGAGUCCAGUACAACCCCGACUGGACCCUCCUUGACCUGCUGCGCCAUGUUCAGAACCAACACGGCGAAUCGCUCCCAUUCGAGUCCGUGGAACUCCGCGACAUUGUCUCCCGAAGCACUCCCUGGCCUCAAGGCACCCGGUUUGGCAGCAUCGUGACUCACCAAAAUAUCGAUGUGGACAAGCCAUUCUCGCUCGGCGGCACUCAGCCUUCGAUGAGGGUGUUUCACCAACAUAAACCACCUUCCCAUGUUUCAAUCUCGACUUAUCCGCGUGGACACGAACUGCUGAUUGAAUUGGGAGCUUCAAACCAGGUCCUGAUGUUGCUGCAAAGCACUACUCCCGCAGAUAUAUAUUCACUUAUAUUGUUCAGCACUUGA